GGGGCUCUUGUGGGACGGAGCUUGGGGUCGUGAAGGCCCCAGGAGGGGGAUCGGGACGGAAGCUCUCGGUUCCUCGCGGGCUGACAAAGAUGUCCUCGGGUCGUGUUGCAGCAAGGGACGCCGUGUGGUGCUUCUUCCUUCCCAGGCGCAUCCUUUUGGCAAAGCCAACUCUUCAUUCCAGGAACCUGUCAGGAGUCGUACCUUCUUUUUCUUGUGUGUCCCAGAUGCCUGUGGCUGAGGGCAAGAGUGUCCAGCAGACGGUGGAGCUCCUCACCAGGAAAUUGGAGAUGCUUGGGGCAGAGAAACAAGGAACAUUUUGUGUGGACUGUGAGACUUACCACACAGCUGCCUCCACCCUGGGCAGCCAAGGCCAGGCUGGGAAGCUGAUGUACGUGAUGCAUAACUCCGAGUACCCCCUGAGCUGUUUUGCCCUUUUUGAGAAUGGGCCUUGCCUUAUUGCUGACACCAACUUCGAUGUGCUCAUGGUGAAGCUCAAGGGCUUUUUCCCGAGUGCCAAGGCCAGCAAGAUUGAGACCCGGGGUACUUGCUACCAGUACUGUGACUUCCUGGUGAAGGAGGGCACAGUCACAAUGGGUCCCAGUGCCCAUGGCAUCUCUGUGGAGGUGGAGUAUGGCCCUUGUGUGGUGGCUAGUGACUGCUGGAGCCUCCUGCUUGAGUUCCUACAGAUUUUUCUAGUUAGCCACACACCAGGGCCCCCCACAGUAUUUGGAAAUAGACAUGAUGCUGUGUACGGGCCAGCAGAUACCAUGAUACAGUACAUGGAACUCUUCAACAAGAUCCGAAAACAGCAGCAAGUGCCAGUGGCUGGAAUUCGCUAGUGACUGGCAGCUGCCCCCAUCUAAGCUGUCACCAGGGUAUUGCCCAGGAGGAACAGGUGCUGUACGCAGGGUCCUUGUCCCUGGCCCCAGCUGGUUCCCAGCUGUAGCAUGUGUUCUGGGGCUCUGGACUCCCCUCCUGACCCCAUCACAGCUGUUUUUUACUUCAUGCCUUAACUGGAUUUGGCUUGUCUUCAAGAAUGGUAAUUGUGAAGAAUGGAGAAGCUUGGGCUUUCCUGCUGUAGGGUAAAGGUAGAACAGGGUUGUCCCUGCCAGCACUGAAGGUGAAAACAGUAUGUGUCCCCUGUUCCUGAGGAUUUGGUAUAGGCCACAGUGGCCACACUGUGCAGUGUGGCUGGGCUGGGUGGAGCCCCCUUUAGCUUGAGGACCUCUCCUGGAGAUGGUUGGGUGACAUGACUGGAUUGCUCUCGAUUUCUGGCUUGUUGGCUGCAGAGAUUUGAGAACCAAGUCAGUUGGACUGUUGCUUUCAUCCUUUGAAUUCUGAUAGUUUCCCUUUCUGGCUUGCAUUGUGUGAACCCAUAGGCUAAGCUGCUGUAGCAAAGCUAAAAGCACAUUUUAUUUCUUACCUUAAUAAUUCAGGGGCAUUCAGUCCCCAGGUGCGGAAUUAACUCUAGGAUUAGCAUGAACUAGGCUUCUUAUGUCUUAUUGUUUGGUCACCCCAAUGUUUUUCUUACCACAGGAUGUAAGCACACUUGUUGGCUCCACAUUCACAGUCCACUGAGCAGAGAGAGAGUUGCUCAAAUCACUGCAGGCAUGCUUUCCUGACUCUCCACUCUUGGUUUGUUUAGGGUCUUCUGCAUUGUACUUCACAAGUUGUCCUCUUGUCACACUUGCGCCUUGAAGUCAUUCAUUGAUACCAUUGCUUACCCUACCUCACACCUGCUGCGGAAGCAGUGAACCAGGCUAGCAUUUGAGAUACAUAUAGGUAGGCUUGGGAAAAUUGCUGAUAUACAAAGUGUAGCGUGGUCCUCAGAGGACAGCUAAGCAGACUUUCCAGAGCAUGUUUGUUUCUACAUCAGCUGUGAGGCGCUGCCCAUGUUUACCCUAGCUUUGGCUGGCAGGGAAGCUCAGUAUACCUUCCUGGCUGGAGGAUCUGUUGUCCAUAUUGGUCACUGUUAUUUCCCUUUGCUUUUGUUGUUAAUGUUUAUUUUAUUAGCACUUCAAAAAUUGAGGUAUGUUUUGGGUGUCAAUAAAAUUUACAAAUACUACA